AUUGAUGGCUUUAGCCGUCACAUCAUGUGGAUGGAGGCCUAUGUCACCAACAGUGACCCAAAAGUAAUUGCAGAUGACUUUAUUAACACAGUGACUCGCCUUGGAGGCUGUCCCCAAAGACUCCGGGCUGAUCCAGGUACGGAAAAUGCAUACGUUCGAGACAUGCAGCGGUUCCUGCGUAGAAAUCACACUGAUGUAUAUGCAGGAGACCAAAGUUUCAUAUACGGAUGCAGCACUGCCAAUCAACGUAUAGAGUCGUGGUGGGGAGUCCUGCGUAAACAAUGCAUCCAGUUUUGGAUGGACGUCUUUCAAACUCUAAGAGAAGACGCACACUUCACUGGUGACUUCUUGGACAAGAACUUGAUGCAGUUCUGUUUUCUUAACAUAAUACAGGAUGAGCUGGAUGGAGUGGUCAGAACCUGGAAUUCUCACCGCAUAAGGAUGAGACCUGGUUAUGGGAUGUUUGGAGGAAGACCCGUUCUCAUGUACACUGUGCCACAACUUUAUGGCGGAGAGGAUAAGCUGCAGCCUGUCAUUCCAGAGGAGACAAUGAUAUGCAAGGAGGAGUGCACACCUAAAGGACAAUACCCCUGUGAUGAAACUGUUUUUGAACUUUGCACUCUCCUAAUGGAAGAACAUGGUUGGGAUGCUCCAGUGAAUGCACCCACAACUGCAGAACUGUACUUACGUUUAAGAAGUGAAAUACAUGACAAUAUUUGAACAACCUAUGGUUUUUACUCCUACAAAAUAGGUCAGGCCCAAAUGUAGGUCAUUUUUUUUGUUUUGUUGUUGUACUCUACUGGAAAUUAGUAGUAAGUAGCUUUAGGCUUCUCUAGUUUGUUGCAAAAAUGACCAAAACAUUUUAAUUUCACUCAGCAUUUA